GAACUGAUGAUACUGCAUUUAGCCUGUUUCUUUUUUUUUGCUCCCGGUGUUUCUGCAUUUUGAGACGUCAUUCAAGCAACUUAAACUUAACUAAAAGUGACUGCUUGGAUGUGUUAUUUAAUUAGCUUUGUGGGUUUUUUUUUCAUCACAGCACGUCUAAACAGCUUAUCACUAUCAGUACCCAUCACCAUCCUCUGGACUGUUGUUGUCGGAUGGGAUUUAGAGUGUAAUUAGACUUUAACCGACCUGGUUGCUUUGACUUUGACAGUAUUUCCGGGCUAAACAGAGGCUGGCAACUUGACUAGCCCCUCUUGGUGAGUGGCAGUUUUCCUUUGUUCACGGAGGGGUCUGAGUGAAGGCUGAAAGAUGGUCUGAUGGACCGCCGCUUCUUCCUGACCUUCCUCUUCUGCUCAGUGUCGUGGAUCUUCUUCUGGGAAGUGCGCUGGAAGAAAGGAAAAGAAAGUCAGAUUGAGGAAUGGCUCCAAGGACAUAGCCUUUCUCAAUACAGGCACUUAUUUGAAGAUGUACAGACACUGGAGGAACUGAGUCUGAGUGUACUGAGUCGUCUGGAAGAGGUGGUGAAGGAACAGCAGCGCUGGAGGGAAAUUGCAGAGGCCCACAUCCAGCUGCUCCGAGACUUUGCCUUCCAGGAGUGGCUUUGCUCCCAGAACCUGGAGCACUAUUACCAUAUUCUGAAGACCUUGCGUUGUAUGAAUCUGGAUGAUCUGUCUCAGUUUGACAGUCAGCUGCAGCUGUCUCUAGCUGCUUGGGGAUUCUACUACGAAGACUACAUAAAGUUGUCUACAGGCAUCAAGAUCCUCCAGAACUCCAGGGGGAGUCGUGACCAAGACUACGAGAUCCGGCUGGUGCACAGCCUUGCUGUGAGGCGUCUGAAUGAGAAGUGGACAAUUGCGGGAGCUCUCAUAUUUGGCUGUACUGUGGCGCUGUGCUUCUUGAUAAGGGACCUCAUGUUUUACGUGAUUGGUGGAAUUACUGUUUCCAUCAUAGCGUUUGUCUUCACCAUUAAGUUCCUCUGUGAGCUUGCAGCGAGGGUUGUCAGCUUCCUGCAGAAUGAGGAUCCAGGGCGACGCGGUGACCGCAGCAUCUACGACUAUGUCCGGGGCAACUACCUGGACCCACGCUCCUGCAAGGUGUCUUGGGAUUGGAAGGAACCGCAGGAAGUGGGGCAGACUAUGAGCUUCAGAGUCCAGCUCUUCUAUAAGAAUGGCCAGCCUUUUCCAGCCCACCGGCCUGUGGGGCUGAGGGUUAACAUCACCCAUAUUGAAUUGGCUCUGGACAUCCCUGUUACACAGGAAGUUCUGCAAGAACCAGAGUCCAAUGUGGUCAAAGUGGCCUUCACGGUGCGCAAGGCCGGACGCUAUGAGGUUGCUGUCAAGCUGGGUGGUCUCAAUGUGGCCUACAGCCCUUAUUACAAGAUUUUCCAGCCAGGUACAGUUGUCCCAUCCAAAACCAAGAUAGCCUACCACUUCUCCACCCUGGUGCUUACCAAUGGCCAGCAGCACACUUUGCAGAUUGAGCCCAGGGACGAGUAUGGAAACCCCACCAGUAACUCCACCUCCCUCACAGAUGAAGCCAACUACAGUGUCCAUGUGCACUCUCUGGGCACCGUGGAUGAUGACAGUCUGGAGGAAUACUACAGCAAGUCAGUGGCACUCAACAAGCAGCAGUGCCAGGUUCUGCUGAGACUGACUCUGAGAAAGACGGGCUGUUUCAGGGCCCGCAUCUCCUACAAGGACCAGCCGCUCAGCAACGGAGAAUUUGACAUUAUUGUUCUCAAUGAGAAUGAGAAGGCCUGUGUGGAGAAGAAUGUGUCCACUCCAGGCAUAAGUAUCUACUUUGAGGCAUACCUUUACAGCAAUGGGAACUACAGUUCCUCGUGGCAGUUACCAGCCUCCUCUCUGCUGGCUCCCCAGAGGAGGCCGUCCAUGGGAGAAGAGGAGGACGAGCAUGACUCUCCUGUGGAGGGACAACCAGAGAAGGUCAAGAAACCAAAAAAGGUCUACUGUUACAUAUCGCCAAAGCAACUAUCCGUGAAGGAGUUCUACCUGAAAAUUAUUCCGUGGCGCCUUUUCACCUUUCGAGUAUGUCCAGGAACAAAGUUCACCUAUUAUGGUCCUGACCCGGUUCACAAGUACCUAACUCUAGUGGUGGAUGAUGGGAUACAGCCUCCUGUGGAGCUCAGCUGCAAAGACAGGAACAUCAUGGCUGCCACCUUCAUUCGCUUCCUGCACAAGAAUAUUGGUGGCUCUGAAACGUUCCAAGACAAGGUAAACUUCUUUCAACGUGAACUCAGGCACAUCCACUCCAAGAGACCUCGCACCAAGACCUGCCUCAAAAUCACUCGACACAACAUUCUCGACUCGUCCCUGAAGGCUACCAGGAACUUCUCCGUGUCAGACUGGAGUAAGAACUUUGAGGUCGUGUUUCAGGAUGAGGAAGCUCUGGACUGGGGAGGGCCUCGCAGGGAAUGGUUUGAGCUGGUGUGUAAGACCCUCUUUGACACCUCCAACCAGCUAUUCACCCGCUUCAGCGACAACAACCAGGGCCUGGUGCACCCAAACGCUGAGCGGCCACCCCACCUGCGUCUAAAGAUGUAUGAGUUUGCAGGGCGUGUUGUAGGGAAGUGCCUGUACGAGUCUGCUCUUGGUGGGGCCUACAAACAGCUGGUCCGAGCUCGCUUUACACGGUCCUUCUUGGCUCAGAUCAUUGGCCUCAGGAUGAACUACAAGUACUUUGAGACGGACGACCAGGAGUUCUACAAAACUAAAGUCUGCUUCAUCCUAAACAAUGACGUGAGUGAAAUGGACUUGGUGUUCGCUGAGGAGAAGUACAGCAAGUCGGGACAGCUGGAGAAGGUGGUGGAGCUGAUAUCAGGGGGAUCUCAGAUCGCUGUUACCAAUGAAAACAAGAUGCAUUAUCUCAACCUGCUGGCCCAGUACAGACUGGCCAGCCAGGUGAGAGAUGAGGUGGAACACUUCCUGAAAGGUUUGAACGAACUUGUUCCAGAAAACCUGCUAGCCAUAUUUGAUGAGAAUGAGUUGGAGCUGUUGAUGUGUGGCACCGGUGAUAUAAACGUGCAGGACUUUAAGGCCCACGCUGUGAUUGUCGGAGGAUCGUGGCACUUCAGAGAGAAAGUGAUGAAGUGGUUCUGGGCCGUGGUGUCCAGCUUCACCCAGGAGGAGUUGGCUCGUCUGCUGCAGUUCACCACGGGCUCCUCCCAGCUUCCCCCCGGGGGAUUCAACACCCUCUGCCCCUCUUUCCAGAUCAUCGCUGCCCCCACACACAGCACCCUGCCCACUGCACACACGUGUUUUAACCAGCUGUGCCUCCCGACGUAUGACUCCUACGAGGAGCUGCACAAGAUGUUGAAGCUGGCCAUCAGUGAGGGCAGCGAGGGCUUCGGUAUGCUCUGACUCCCAUCACUGCACUGUGGACCCACCUGUACAGGAGGAGACAGCCGUUCCUCGCAUUCAUCUGCAUCUUCUUGGCAGAGAAUCGCCCUAUAAGACGCCCUAUAAAUACUCUCUCAGGAUGAGAGGGCAUUACAGGAAGGCUGUCCUGAAACUGGAACUCAGUAAUACAAACUCUAAUGCUACUGUAUGUAUAUAAAAUAUCUCACUUUUGUAUUAAAAAAAAAAAAAGCGGGAAAAAACCGUAACCAGGAACUGCUGAAAGAGGGGAGGUUUGGGCUAGUUGUAUUUCUUAAUGCUAAAGUUUGCUUAGUUUUAUAUGUUUGAAAGACGAAAUAUGCUAGAGCAAAGGCCUUGAGUAUUACUUUAUAACUGCUUCUUUUGCAUUUUGCAAACUGAGGAACACUUAAGUGCAACAGCGGCCUACAUGUGAUGUAGGUGACAUCUACAGCACUUUGGCCUUAAAUGAUCAGGGACUGAUGUGUGUUUGUAAAUAUAUAAUAUCACUCUUUUAUUCCAAUACUUGUACAUACUAGUGUGUAUACAUAGGUUUUCAUUUCUUUUCUUUUUUUUGGUUUAAGUAGAAGGGAUUUCUUUAUUGUUGCACGUUUAUUGGGUUGAGAGUUUAUAUAUAAUUUCUAUAAGCUUUUUCUUUUCUCUCUCAGAAAGAAUGGGGUUUUAAAAGAAGCCAAGUAAUUUCUAUUGUUUGUACAUGUUUUUAACUUAUUGUGUCUUGGAAAAAAACUAUUUGUGUUUGACCCAUACUGUGUGUUUUUGUUAUGUUUUAUAACCUGCCUUAUUCAUGCCCUUUGCCUGUGAUUGUAUCCAGAGAGGUGCGUAGGUGAGAGAAGCAUAGUCGACACUAGUAAGUAAUAAGUAUUUUAUGGCAUUUCUACUAGUACACGCAGGGGUCACUGUGGAUGUAGGGGAGCAUAUAUAACAAACCUUUUGUUAUAUAUGCUGUAUCCUUUUUUUUACUUUUCAUUCACAGCCUUUUAUGGGUUUACCUCAGAAUCUCCUAUGCCACCUAUCCAUCCUCUGAUACUCUAGAAUAAAGUGUGUUCAUAGCUGCCUCCUUCCAGUUCUGUAACAUUAAGGCAUGUUUUCCCACCUCCUCAGUAUACCUGAUGCAUUAUAUCAGUGGAGAUUAUGUUUUAGUUACUGUAAAACUAUUUAUUUGUAAUGCUGUUAGUGACAAUAUCCUGAGCCAACAGAGUAAGUUUCUCUCUUUUCCCCCUUUUUCAUAAUUGUGUAGCAGUUCCUUUUGCUGUUCCAGAGUUUACAUGUUUGUUAGCCAUUUUCUACUAGUGUUUGCUGCCAGUCAGAUAAUUGUAGAGCAUUUAGUGAGAGUCUUGUUUAAUGGAUGAUUCUUCUCAAUAGUGUUUUGAUUUGAGUAUGUUCACGUUCCCCUCAUCAGACUCUGGUUCCAGUUUCACUACUCACAUUAUUCUCACAGUCAGCAGGAAAAGCUUGACUCAGCCACUCAGAGAUUUAACUUCAUUAUUGUUAUCAUGUCACAUUUUGACUGAAGUGACAGCAGGUUGUCCACUUGGAAUUUGAUGAGCGUUUGCGUGUGCUUCAGCUGGCCUUUUACAGUGUUAAGAGGUUUAUAAGAGGGUUCAUGGAUUUGUGUUUGUUUGGGUUGUGCAAUGUUGACCUGAUGUACUGAGAACAGUGAAAAAAAUGUUUCAGUAAGGGUGUGUUUCCAGCACCAGUACCAAUGGCUGAUAUCAUAUUAACAAGAAGUUAAAGUAGUUAAAGCAUCACAUGUGUUAGCUGUUCCAUUAGAUAUGACCAUUAUAAACAAAUAUGAAGGAGGUCUGUCCUGUAGUUUUAUGUUCUUGUUUAAUGUUUUUUGCGUUUCACGAGUAUCUACUACUCUGUUUUAUGUUUGGAUUGUUUCUGGGUUAGAUGACUUUUAGCAAUGUAGAUAUUGUGAAAUAUUUGCCUAUGACUUUGAAGCUGGGAUACUUUGUUUCUUUCAUUUUUUUAAUGGCAAGCCUCUGCUGACGAAUGUUUAAGAUUCUCUGCACUGCAGGUCCUUUGUUUAUGGGAAUAAAAAUGACGGACUGAAUUCUUA